AUGGCUGGUACACGGAAUUAUGACUUCCUGAUCAAGUUGCUGUUGAUCGGAGAUUCCGGUGUGGGCAAGUCAUGCUGUCUGUUGCGCUUCAGUGAGGACUCGUUCACCCCGUCCUUCAUUACAACCAUCGGUAUCGACUUCAAGAUCCGUACAAUCGAGUUGGACGGCAAGAGAGUGAAACUGCAGAUCUGGGAUACAGCUGGCCAGGAACGUUUCCGAACCAUCACGACCGCCUACUACCGUGGCGCGAUGGGUAUCCUCCUGGUCUACGACGUGACCGAUGAACGGUCUUUCCAGAACAUCCGAACCUGGUUUUCCAACGUCGAGCAACACGCCAGCGAGGGCGUUCACAAGAUCCUGAUCGGAAACAAGUGCGACUGGGAGGAGAAGAGGGCCGUCUCCACCGAGCAAGGCCAACAGCUGGCUGAUGAGCUUGGCAUUCCCUUCCUGGAGGUGUCCGCGAAGAACAACAUCAACAUCGAGAAGGCCUUUUACAGUCUUGCAUCGGACAUCAAGAAGGGUAUGGAUACCUCCAAGACUGACAAUGGUAGCUCGCCAGGGCUCCAUGUAGAUCAGGGAUCGGGUCAGAAUGCGAGCGCUGGCGGGAAGUGCUGCUAG